GGACUACAUUUACACCCACCCUGCUAAACACCCCUUGGAACACAAGAGAGUUCCGAUGAUGGAAACCGAAAGUACGAAAAUAAGAAUUUUAAGACAGAUUCUGAAAAUAUGAAGCACUCCGAAUUGCUAAGGAAAAUAUGGCCAUUGCUACGUGAAAGCAUGAUAGAUCCUAUUGAAUUGAUACCGGACAUGUAUGUGAGGUACGGAUUCAAUGAUAACGAUGUUGAGAGUAUAAAAGCGGCUUACAAUACCAGUGGUAAGCUGACAGCUAUUGACAAAUUGCAUGACGCCCUAAGAAGGAGAGACAUUGAUUGUUUUUACAGUUUUCUUAUUGUCCUAUCUGAACAUGGUUACCAACAUGUAGCACGAAAAAUAAUGAAAAUAGGUAACAUUCCUGAGGAUUUUCUCCAGAGAACAACUAACAUUGUCACAACAUCAAGCACAGGACCUCCCUCUGUAUCCACAGGAGACCAAGUGUCGCAGUUAAGAAGAGGUUGUGCUCCAGAAGUGGCUAACGAAUCCUAUACAUCCUCACAGCCUACUAGUAGUGUUGGCAAUUCAGCUCAACCUGUUAGUGAAAACGCCCAAUUAACAAUAGAGACGUUUAUUGGAAAGAUGAAAUAUAAAAAUUUUAAAAAAUGGGCUGAAAUACUGAAGGAAGGUGAACUUUGGAAAACUCUUGGAGAGGAGCUGGACCUUAACAGAGAGCAAAUCAAAGAUCUAGAAAAAAAAGAUAAUCCAGGCGAAGCAGUGCUUGACUUAUUUCUUGAGAAGACAGUGCGGGAUCUACUACAGCUUUUGGGAGGAGACCAGAGGUUUUCAGAUCUUAUACAGUGCAUCAGGGAAGAUCUUGGUGAAGCAGAUUAUAACAAUCUCAACAUCAAUCCAAGCGGAGAUCAGAAUGCGGAGGGCUUCAUAACUGUAAAUCUAGGCCCAUCCUCUAGAAAUGAUUCCUCGAGUAACCUACAGAACAACAAGAACAUUUUGUCAGGCAGUCCAUCUCUAAAUCAGAGUUCCUCACCAGAGUCUGGCUCAGAGAAAUCAUCCAAACCUUCCUCAACAUCUACGUCACCGAAGUUAGAAGAGGAAAAAUCGCUGAAAUCGACCUCUGGAGGUGUCACAUUGUCCGGGAAUUUUUCUUCCGAUAGAGGAAUUUCUGCCCAGAAAGAGGAACAGGUGCCACCCCCAAUCACGCUGUCAGGAGAACCAGCGAGCGAUGGGGUUAAUUUUGUUAUAGCAGAGUCUCAGAGAGAAAUUGCCCAGGAAAAUGAGAGGAAAAAUAAGAUCCAUGACACAUCUAUGACAAAUAUAAAGGCAGACAUUACCAGCCAAGAAACAGCAUCUUUCCAUCAAACAUCCCCAAAGUCUAGUGUUUUAGAUGACAAUUUAAAUGACCCACAAGAUUUCUUUAAAGAAAAUAUGAUAUCAAGCACAAAGAACAUCGGUGGACACAAUACAAAGAUUAACGCUAAGCAUGUCCCAGACGGAGCGACUUCAAAUCUCGAUGUCAACUCAGAAAGUAAAGCUGAAAGCAGUUCAGAAGUAAUGUCUCACCCAGUUCAAAUCCUGCCAAGGGGACCAAUAGCUCAGAAUGAGGAAAUAGAUACAAAUGAGGUGGGGUCCAACAUCGUGAAAGCAGCAAAGGAUUUAAGAAAGGGACUAGAGGAUGAUAGUCUUGGAGAGAUAUCAACUAUUCCGAGGCCCUCUGGGAAUUCUAUAAAUAUCCCAGUUCAAACAACAGGCAGUACAGAGGAAGGAAGUCCCAUGGCUGUUCCCGAGUCCACAGCCAGCUCCAGGUUGGAUUUAUUUGGAUCAUGUCCUCAAACAUCCAUGCCUGCUGAACAACAAAAUAUCAGUAUGGAAAGACAGUUGGAGCAAACCAUUGCAGUUCCUGUGCCAGUCAGUGACGACUCCGAAGUGAAGAAUAUAGAGAUGGAGGCCAGAGCACUUCACAAUGAUACACUGAACACGCCAGUCACACAGAGCUUUAGAGACAUUCAAAACAGCAUGCCUGAUGAAAACGUAAAUGUAACCGAGGGUAGGGUAAGCUCCAUAGUGAACCAGUAUGCCUACAAUGCAGAAGUGACCUCUCAAGGUCAAUCUAGUAACACAAAUUUAUCUGAGACACAGAAUUCUCUUCAACAAAUGUCUGGUUCAGAGAAUUUAUCAAAUGGAUUGAGUAAUGUUGCUUUACUAUCUGACAGUCUUUUAAGCAACACUGAGGCCACCAUCUGUAGCAACGAGAAAACUCCUUCAGAUGACCGUUAAUUCGGACACCGCAUCACGUACUUCAGUACAUCAACACCAAAAGUACUUCAUUGUCUUUCAAACCUUCAAGCAUAAUUUGCAUCAAAUGCAAAACCGUGCUGUAAGCAUAAGACCUAGGACCAAGUUUUAUGAAAGCUUUACAGAGCAAAAUAGUACUCUCUCUCUCUCCUUUCAUCUGUCUGUCCUUUUCUCAAAAUUCACAUAGAUUGACUGCAUAAAAAACUUUUUACAGAACCCACAAACAUCAACACACACCCUCCAUGCCCCCAUGAAGAAUGAUGAUUCCUCGGUUAUAUAUUAUAGGUUCGUACUUGGAGCUGAAAUGUGAUAUAAUUUGUUGUGGAUAGAGUACAAGGAAUCAAAUGAAAUUGUUCCUAAGCAACUCUUUAUAAGUAUUUAAUACUUUAAUUCGCACUGAAAUUUAAAUGUUUUUAUAUGAUCAAAUACUGAAAUUUAUAUGUAUGUUAUCAAACACUUAAGUAGGCAUUCAUUGUGCAGUGUAGAAAUUAUAUACACACUUAAGUAGGCAUUCAUUGUGCAGUGUAGAAAUUAUAUACACACUUAAGUAGGCAUUCAUUGUGCAGUGUAGAAAUUGUGUACAUAUCAAGCCUUGAAAUUGUAAUUUUUUUUACAUACAAAUAUGUAAAUUUAUUUUUUUCAUUUGGAUACAUGAUUAAUUCCAUACUGGGUAUGUAGAUCCCAUGUUUCAUUUGGAUAUAAAUUUGAAAUCUGUAUGUACAUAAUAUAGAUCCCAUGCUACAUUUAGAUGUCAGAUUUGUGUAAAGGUUGCUUUGAUGUAAAUUAUACAUGUAUAAGUACAGGGUGUCUUGUGGAAAACAGAUUGAAAUGAGAAUGGAAAAACCCUUUAACGCUCAGUUACGUGUACGAGAAAAAAUUUGACUGUGGUUGAAUUCUACAAGAAAACUCCCAUUUUUAAUUUUCUUUUUGCUUUUUGAUCAUCUUAUCUUAUUAAAGAGGUACAUGUGUAUGCUACAACAGAGAAAUUUGAUAUGGAUGAAAAGUGCACGAUAUAUAUACAACAAUAUUUUGAAAUUGAAAACUUUCAAAUUUGCUUUAUUUAUAGUCAAAAAAUGUAGUUUUAAAAGGAAGCAAUAUGAAAAUUUUUUAAAACCCCUGCUGGAUUUGAAUCCGGGAUCUACAGUUCAGUAGUCGACGUGCUAACCUACUGAGCUACUCAUAUAGGUGAUAAAUUUUUAAAUGAAUAGGUAAAUAUUGCUGAUAUUUAUAUUUUCAUUCAUGUUUUAAAAGAAAGUUGGCCAUUAUGAGGUUGUAGAGUACCUCCUUAAAGUGAUUUUUCAGUCCUGUUUUGCUAGUCUUAAGAUUUAACUAAUUUUCUGUUCUGAUUCAUGCAAAAGACUUUUGUUUUUAGAUUAUUCAUUAGCUUCUAUUUAUAGUUAUUUAUUUAGACAAAAUGUCUUGAUGUAUGAAAAGGAUGAGAGAAUUCUGAGCUGAUGUAAAUCUUACAAAUCCUCCAAGCUACAGAUUAGAGUGAAUACCAUAAAUGUGGAACAGCUUUAGAAAUAAACCAUGUGGUUGUUCAUUUUUACUGCUAUGUAUAAUUAAUUUAUAUUAAUGAUGUGUAAUUUAUGUGUUAAUGAAUUGUUACUUUUUGUUCUGCUGUUAUUGUAUUGCACGUACAUUUGUAUUUCUAUGUACUGAACCAAGAUAUAAGUCAAUGUAAUAAAUAUCUCUUUCAGCAAAUUGCAGUGAGAAAAGUGUGAAAUGCAAAUUAUUUAUAUUUCCUAAUUAAUAAUACCUGUAUAUAUGUAUUUUGGUGAAUCUAAGGAUAAACCUGGUGCUUUUUCAUUCAAUACCAUAUUAAAAUGAUUGAUUGAU